GUCUUUUUAACUCUUUUUUCCUUGCUUGCUUGACGCAACCAAUCUAUAAAACUACAACGAUUGCUCCUAUCUCUCGGUCUCUCUCUCUCCAUGACAAUAAUGGGGUCGCUCUCUGCCGUCAACGGGCCUCUGCAUUAUCCAGUUGCUCGCCGGGACGAGUCUGUGGUUGACGACUACCACGGCGUUAAGGUCGCCGAUCCUUAUCGAUGGCUUGAAGAUCCUGAUGCGGAGGAAGUGAAAGAGUUCGUGCAGGAGCAGGUGAAAUUGACGGAAAGUGUGUUGAAGUCAUGCGAGGCAAGAGAAAAGCUUAGUGAGAAAAUCACGAAGCUGUUUGAUCAUCCGCGCUAUGACGCUCCCUUCAAACAAGGGAAUAAAUAUUUCUACUUCCAUAACACCGGGCUUCAAGCUCAAGACGUUCUCUACGUGCAGGAUAAUUUGGACGGAGAGCCGGAGGUUUUACUUGAUCCAAAUGCUCUUAGCGAGGAUGGAACAGUCUCAUUGAACACGAUAUCGGUCAGUGAGGAUGCUAAGUACUUGGCUUACGGGAUUAGCUCGAGUGGGAGUGAUUGGGUCACAGUCAAAGUUAUGCAUGUUGAGAAUAAGAGAGUCGAGGCUGACACGUUAUCUUGGGUUAAGUUUUCAGGUAUUAGUUGGACCCAUGACAGCAAAGGGUUUUUCUAUAGCCGUUACCCAGCUCCCAAAGACGGAGAAAACUUAGAUGCUGGGACAGAGACUAGUUCUAAUCUCUACCAUGAAUUAUGCUAUCAUUUUUUGGGCACAGAUCAAUCUGAAGAUAUACUAUGCUGGAGAGAUCCUGAAAACCCUAAAUACAUGUUUGGAGCUAGUGUGACAGACGAUGGGAAGUAUCUUCUGCUGUACAUUGAUGAAAGCUGUGAUCCAGUGAACAAAGUGUACUACUGUGAUAUGUCUGCAUUUCCUCAAGGCCUUGAAGGUUUCAAAGGAAAUCAUCUGCUUCCAUUUAUCAAGCUUAUUGAUGAAUUUGAUGCACAGUAUCAAGCCAUUGCAAAUGAUGAAACCCUGUUUACUUUUUUGACUAAUAAAGAUGCUCCUAAAUAUAAACUAGUCCGGGUAGAUUUGAAGGAGCCAAGUAUUUGGACAGAUGUUGUCCCAGAAGCUGCAAAGGAUGUUCUAGAAUCAGCAUGUGCUGUUAAUGGUGAUCAGAUGAUUGUAAGCUACUUGAGUGAUGUCAAGUAUGUUUUACAGGUGAGGGAUCUGAAAACAGGAUCCUUGGUGCAUCAAUUACCUAUUGACAUUGGCUCAGUUAAUGGGAUAUCCGCAAGACGGAAAGACAGUACAGUAUUUAUUGGAUUUACUAGUUUUCUUACCCCUGGUAUCAUAUAUCAAUGCAAUUUAGAUGCUGAAGUUCCAGAUAUGAAGAUAUUUCGAGAAAUUAGUGUAGCAGGAUUUGAUCGCACAGAAUUCCAUGUGGAGCAGGCUUUUUUCCCUAGUAAGGAUGGUACCAAGAUACCAAUGUUUAUUGUGGCCAAGAAGAAUAUAAAAUUGGAUGGAUCACAUCCGUGUUUGUUAUAUGGAUAUGGUGGAUUUAACAUUAGUCUGACACCAUCAUUUAGUGUCAGUCGUAUUAUACUCACAAGGCAUUUAGGUGUUGUCUACUGCAUUGCAAAUAUUCGUGGUGGUGGAGAAUAUGGUGAGGAAUGGCACAAAGCAGGCUCACUUGCAAAAAAGCAGAAUUGCUUUGAUGACUUCAUUUCUGCUGCUGAAUACCUUAUAUCUACUGGUUAUACCCAACCGAGUAAGUUGUGCAUUGAAGGUGGAAGCAACGGUGGGCUUCUUAUUGGGGCUUCCAUAAAUCAGAGACCAGAUCUUUUUGGUUGUGCUUUGGCUCAUGUUGGUGUUAUGGACAUGCUGCGGUUUCACAAGUUUACAAUAGGUCAUGCGUGGACUUCUGAUUAUGGCUGUUCAGACAAGGAGGAAGAGUUUCAUUGGCUAAUUAAGUACUCACCACUGCACAAUGUGCAAAGACCAUGGGAACAACAUCCUGAUCAACCUUGUCAGUACCCAUCAACCAUGCUACUUACUGCUGAUCAUGAUGAUCGAGUUGUACCAUUACACUCGCUGAAGUUGUUGGCGACCAUGCAGUAUGUUCUCUGCACAAGCUUGGAGAAUAGCCCCCAGGCCAACCCAAUAAUAGGUCGCAUUGAGUGUAAGGCUGGACAUGGAGCUGGGCGUCCAACACAAAAAAUGAUUGAUGAAGCGGCCGAUCGGUACAGCUUCAUGGCAAAGGUGUUGGAUGCAACUUGGAAUGAGUAGCAGAUGAAUAUAUGGACAUCGGAAAAAAAAGAGCUAGGGAACAUUUCAGGUUCAUUUUCCCCAUUCCCCAUAGAACAGUCGAAAUUAUUAAGAUUGACCAUUAUUUGCAGCUAUAUUAUUAUUAUCAUUUUUUUUUGGAAAGAACAAGUUAAAAAUUGGUUAUUGACAGGUUUCAGUUUUUGGUUGUC